AAAGUUUUCCGGAGAAACGCCAAAAAGGAGAAAAUAAGCUGCGCAGCGGCUUCGUGUCUUCGCUUUCUAUCAGAUCUCUUAUCCAUUGAGAAUACUCUGUAUUCAUCUGUAACGUAUCUCUCUCUCUCCCCUCCCUAGUUUUCGUUCCAAUCGCAGAAGACAAGGAAGGUCAAUCCAUGGGGACUGGUGCAUCGAGGAACACUGAGGCGGAGGAGGAGGAUGGCUGCAAUGGCGGUGGUGGUCAGCUCUACGUUUCGCUGAAGAUGGAGAAUUACAAGAUCGAGGGCGACCUUACCCCUCAUGUUUACGGCUCUGUUCCCCUCAUCGGUUCCUGGGAUUCUUCCAAAGCCCUUCCGAUGCAACGUGAAUCCGCGUCGAUGUGGGAAUUGAGUUUCGUCGUUCCUCCUAACCACGAGACUUUCGAUUUCAAGUUCUUGUUGAAGCCAAAGUACAGUAAUGCGCCGUGUAUAGUGGAAGAGGGUCCGAAUCGGCUUCUUACAGGAGGAUCAUUGCAAGGAGAUGCGAAAUUAGCUCUGUUUAGGCUUGAAGGAGAUGUGAUUCUUGAGUACAGGGUGUUCAUCAACGCCGACAGAGUUUCUCCAUUUGAUCUCGCUGCUAGUUGGCGAGCUUACCGUGAGAACCUUCAGCCAUCCACUGUUCGUGACGUUCCAGAUGUCAGUAUAAAUGCUGCUCCAUCGGGUGCUGAGAAUGGUCCUUCAGGCACUUUGGAGCUUGAUCUCGAGCAUUAUGUUGUUCCUGCUCCUGCAACUUCUGCAAACUCAGCCCAUGUUUAUGCAGCUAACAAUGCUGAGAAUCCACGGUCUCUUACAGCCUCUGGUUUGUUUCGUAUGAGCGAUGCCUUGAACUCCGCAUCAGAUAUUUCCAAAGAUUCUGGUGUUGAGGUUGAUCAACCUCCAGCUGUAAAGGAAAUGGAGGUCAGUAUCCCAGAUCCUUCAAAGGUGUUUUCUGCUUCAGGAACAGUUGAGUCGAAGUCAGUGGGGACCCACUCACCUCUUCAGAAGCAAGAUUGUCAAAGGGGACUCUUUGUUGAUCGAGGUGUUGGCUCCCCCAGGCUUGUCAAAUCUUCUAGCUCAAGCUCAUUUAUGGCCGAUACCAAACCUGAUAUAGAAACCAAGAAUUCAAUGCCAGCUGCUGCAGGAGCUGUUGCCGCGGCGGCUGUAGCUGAUCAAAUGCUUGGGCCUAAGGAGGAUAGACAUUUAGCGAUUGUCCUGGUCGGCUUGCCAGCUCGAGGGAAGACUUUUACUGCAGCUAAGCUAACAAGAUAUCUACGCUGGUUGGGACAUGAUACGAAACACUUCAACGUUGGAAAGUAUCGGCGCCUUAAACAUGGAACUAAUCAGAGUGCUGAUUUCUUUCGUGCUGACAAUCCAGAUGGCGUAGAGGCACGCAAUGAGGUAGCAGCGCUUGCAAUGGAGGAUAUGAUAGCCUGGAUGCAGGAAGGUGGUCAAGUUGGAGUCUUUGAUGCAACUAAUAGCACCAGGGUUCGUCGGAAUAUGCUGAUGAAAAUGGCUGAAGGGAAGUGUAAGAUAAUUUUCCUGGAAACACUAUGCAAUGACGAACGUAUAAUUGAAAGAAACAUACGCCUUAAAAUUCAGCAAAGUCCUGACUACGCAGAAGAGCCAGAUUUCGAAGCAGGGUGCCGAGACUUCAGAACCCGUUUAGCAAACUAUGAAAGGGUUUAUGAGCCUGUAGAAGAAGGUUCAUACAUCAAAAUGAUUGAUAUGGUCAGCGGAAAUGGUGGACAGAUACAAGUGAAUAAUAUUAGCGGUUACCUACCUGGAAGAAUUGUGUUUUUCCUGGUAAAUACGCAUCUCACUCCUCGCCCAAUACUUCUCACUAGGCAUGGUGAGAGUAUGGAUAAUGUUAGAGGCAGAAUUGGAGGGGACAGUGUAGUAAGUGGAUCGGGAGAAAUUUACGCCAAGAAACUUGCUAACUUUGUCGAGAAGCGACUGAAAUCUGAAAAGGCUGCUUCGAUAUGGACCAGCACUCUUCAGAGAACAAUCUUAACAGCGAGUUCUAUAGCUGGAUUUCCUAAGGUGCAAUGGCGUGCCCUUGAUGAGAUAAAUGCUGGAGUUUGUGAUGGAAUGACAUAUGAAGAGAUAAAGAAGAACAUGCCCGAGGAGUAUGAAUCUCGGAAGAAGGAUAAGCUGAGAUACCGAUACCCUCGUGGAGAAUCUUAUCUUGAUGUAAUUCAAAGGCUUGAACCUGUGAUUAUCGAGCUAGAACGGCAAAGAGCUCCUGUCGUUGUGAUAUCUCAUCAGGCCGUGCUGAGAGCAUUGUAUGCCUAUUUUGCAGAUCGGCCCCUCAAAGAAAUACCCCACAUCGAGAUGCCACUUCACACAAUCAUAGAGAUACAGAUGGGGGUUUCAGGAGUGCAAGAGAAACGCUACAAACUCAUGGACUGAAACUACGACAGCAACUACAGAAACGUUUUUCGUUAUCUAACCAAAACUUAUAUAGUGCUUUGGGAAAAGACAUGCUGAGAUUACACUGUGGAAUAUACCAAAGUUGCUUCCCAGCAGAACCCAUACAGGAUCAUCUCUUUAUUCACUCUUUUUGUUCCCACGUCUCAAAUUGUUAAUACUCCAUAGUCCAUUCUGGUAAUCAUUUAAUAUACAGAGAUCUCAUAGAAAUGGACGGUCCAUUUGAGUUUCA